AUUCCUGAUUAUACGCCCCUGAAAGAAAUUAAGUGGAAAUAAUGUUUUUCGAAUUUUUGGAUUUUUUUUUCAGCAAACUAAGACAGUUGAAGACAUUAUGAAAGCAGAAAAAGAAGACAACAAGAUGAAAAAUGGCGGAUAUUCAAAAGAUUCUCCCGAUGAAAAAGAUGAGAAAAUUCCGCAAUCUCCCGAGUUGACUGAUCUACCCGAAGCACCUGAAAUGCCAAGCUUGCCUCAACCUGUAGAAAUAAAUGUACUAAAUCCAAGUCCUUCGGCACCUUAUCCUUCGCCUCCUAGUCCUCCACGAUCCAGGGCUUCCAGUGCAAGCUCAGCUGCUGAACACGAGUUGAAGACGAUGAAACAAGAAAAAAAUAGAAAUGCCGCGGAAUCUUCCGAUUCGGAAUCUGACAAAGACGACAAGAAUGUGUUAGCAGUAUCUAAGGGGCCAAACAGUGUAUCCAGUGGGUCCCCCAGGAGCACCCCCAGUCCUCAAGGGUCAGGCAAAUGGACAGGAAGAGAGGGCGGCCUAGAUCUACCAAUGACAGCAAGGGAAAUGAGGGAGAGGAUUGCAAGUAUGAAGAAGAAGGAUAAAAGGGUUGAGGAGAGAAUGGAUUUCAAGAAGAAAUACGAAAUUAUCAAAACUUUGUAAGCCCGUUCAUUAGCAAAUUUAAUAGCUGAUUAACUUAUACAAUAGCAGGCUAAACUGAUAGAUCAGCGGAUAAAAUUGUAUAUUAAAUUGGCUUAUUUUAUUUCAAAUAGUUGAAUAACUGACAAGAUGACUGAUUAAUCUGAUAGAACAGCUGCUUGGCUCUCAAAAUAGCUGAUCAGCUCUUAAAAAAGCCUAUAAGCCCUUAAAACAGUUGAUUAGCCCUUUGAACAACUGAUCAGCUCGUAAAAAGGCUGAUCAACUCUUAAAACAGCUGAUCAACUCUUACAGCAGCUAAACAAAAUCUUAACAACAGCCAAUAGCUAGAAACAUCUUAAAACAGCUAAAAAUAUCUUUGAACAGCUUAAAAAUAUUAAAACCGCUAACCAGCUCUUAAAAUAUAGCCGAUCGUUAAUCAGCAAACGAUUCAGCUAGAAACCCCGAAUUCUACAAAUGGCCAGUUUAUUAAUUCAUAAUAUAGUCUUCAAUGCUUAAUAUUAUAUCAAAAAAUAAUUUUGCGAAAGGGAAAUAUUUUGGGGUUUAAAAAACAAAAUAUGAAAUGAUUAUAAUUUAAGGUUAGCAUUGACAUGGGAAAAAUCAGAUGAGAACAUGAAAAUAAUUUUUAUAACCUUUGACAGGAUAUUUCCGUUUUUAAUGCAAACAUUUGAUAAACUAACUUUAAAUAUUUAUCAUCCAAAUUUUUUAUUACAAAGAUUUCGGGGCUAAAGUUUUUUAUUGUAAUUUAGAGAUCCAUAGAAUUUCUAUUUUUAUAUCUACUUAAUUAUUAUAAUAUAUGUAAUUAAAAUACCUAAAUAUUGUAAACCGUAUUUUAUCUAGUCUUGAGGAUUGAUUACAAGUAAAACCUUGAGAAUUGAUUACAAUUAAAACCUUGAGAAUUGAUUACAAUUAAAACCUUGAGAAUUGAUUACAAUUAAAAACAUGUAUUUCGAAUUGUUGCGUCCAAAAUGUGCACAAUCUUUAAUCAUGAUUGUAAAAUUAUUCAAAAUGUGUUUUUAGAAAAUAGAUGUGAACAUUUUUUAACUCAAUGCCUGUCAUAAUUUUAAGUCAUUUCGCGAGCUUUUUAAUAUUUAUUAAAAAAAAAAUAACUAGAGGAAGUCUAAAUUUAACGAAAAUGUGAUUUUCAUUUUCCAGACGACUUAACUCAUUCUUCCAGAGGAGAAAUAAAAACCCCAGUCCUUUUGAGAGAUAUUUUUUCAUCACCAUGUAAUGAACUUAAUUUUGUAAUUAUGUACGAUAUAAUUAUGUACAAAGAGUGUCCUUAAUGAUUAACGUAAAUACAUAUUUUUAAUAAAUUUAGAAAAGAACUA